AAUACGCACGCAAGAACUACAAAGGUUAGAGAGCUGCUCAAAACUCAAAAAAACGCCUCCUUUCUGUCAAAAAGAAAAAAAAAAAAAAAAACUAUUCUUCAAUGGAGUUCUGAAUUUCGUUCUAAUUUAUGUAAUAAUAUCGGUAUAUUUACCAGAAGGAUGCAUGUAGAAAUUGUUAUUUCUGCAUAUUUAUAUAAAUUGGGUUGAAGUUUCAAGGAUUCUUGGAAGAAACUUGCAUUCUUCAUUUUUCCUUGAACUAGCCACUCACUUCAGUAUUCCUUCAAAUAGAAAAGCUGCUAGUUAAUAUCAGUCAUGUCGAGGCAAGCUCAUCUUCCUCCUCGCUGUCCUGAUCAAAAGAAAAGUGUAACUCACCCAACUUAUGGUUCGGCUUCCCCGACUUCAAGCAAUAUUGAACUGCAUCCUGGAGGCCCGAAACAUCAUAAAUCCACCUCACAAAGCUCUACCUUAGAGGAGCAGCCAGCAUGGCUAAGUGAUUUGUUGAGUGAUUCGGACUCAGAUUCUAGUGGGAUUUUACACCGACGAUCUGCUAGUGAUUCCUUUACCCUUUUGGAUUGUCUUGUCCCAUUACCAGGUCUAGAACAACUAGAUGGAUUGAAGACUCUGGAUUCUUGUGAACCAGAUAAUGAAUUUGAAUCUGGCUGUGCAUAUGGUCCCAAUUCCCCUCGCAGAAAAGGCGAAGUAGCAUUUCCUGAGAAUGCAAUCGUUUCAGCAUUAUCUGAAUAUGUCUUACAAUGUCCUCUGCAGCAUCUGGAUGCCAGUAUGUGUGUUUCUAGAACUGCACAGCCAGAUUCAAUAGGUGAUGCCUUUGGUCCAGGUAGUGGGACUAAUGCAGAGGUGAAACUGAUGAAACGACAUCCUGGGCAGCGAUCUAGAGUUCGCAAACUUCAGUAUAUUGCUGAACUAGAAAGAACUGUUGACAUUCUUCAGAAUUUGGAGUCAGAUUUGGCUUUCAGAGUCGCUUCUCUCUAUCAGCAACAGCUUGCUUUAUCAAUGGAGAACAGAACGCUAAAGCAACAGGUGGUGAGACUGCAAAAGGAGAGUUUCAAUGCGGAAGGUGAGUACCAUUCCCUGAAGAAAGAGUACGAGAGAUUAAAAAUGUCCCUAGCUUAUUCCUCUACUAGCAAGGUCCUUGGCUGGUCGAACUCUGCUGCUGAUUUAGCCUGUUCUGGAGACAUUUGGCAAACAUUAGACAUGCGCAAACUUGAUCUGAACUGACGUAGUUAGCUGUAAUGGAAGUUCUGAAAGUUCAAGGUGAAGCUGCUCUAGUAAUUGCUUUCGACCCUAAACUGCGUAUAUGUAGAUGAUCUUUUAAUCUCAAGUUAGGAAUAAUGAAGAUAGAUGAGAACCGAUUUCUACCCAAAGAUGGGCUGAAUUAGCUAGUGCAGAAUAGAAGGCUGAAGUAGCAUGUGCUUUUUGGUUUGAUGGCAAUAUUAGCCACUCUAGCUACUGGAUUCAAACUUGACGUGCACACCCAUAUUGGCAAAACAAGAUACUCUUAUCGUUUUUAACCUUUAUUUGUCUAGCCAGUAAUAUUGCUUAUAGCUCAUUCAGGAUAACCAAAUUGGAUGGAUUGCAUUGCAUUGAAUUGUUGGGUUAUUUCCUCUUGUGAGGAGGAAAGCCCAUGUUUUGGAUCUUAUAUUAUAGCCCAAAGUCCAUAAGUGUUAGUUUUAAUCCUAACGAUGAAUAUAAAUACAAGAAGAUUGAAGGAAAUAGGAGUCCAACCUGUUUUUGAAAAGAGAAAAUAGUUUUUUUCUGUGCCCAGAUUUCACCAAAUCUUUGAUCUUGAGACAUCCGUGGUCCGAUCGAGCUGAAAUUUGGGGAGGUUCACAAAACAUAGAGCUACAACCUGAAUGGUGGAGAUUGGAUUUUCAGUUCGGAACAUUGGUUAAUUUGUGUGAGCAGUGACCAGAUUUUUGGGCAUAUUUUUCCUAUUUUCAUAUUUUUUUGUCAAGAUUGUUGUUAUCUUGAAGAAAAAUUUGUUAUAGCCUUAAGUUAUGACUGAAGAAGACUUGGUGUACCCAUUAUUUGAUUGAUAGUGUAUGUUUUGAUUAGACUAA